CGCGAUUGCGGCGGUGCUCCGUGCUGAAGGCGAGGGACGCUUGAGUUGGGGGAACCGAAGGGGAGGGGGGAGCGCCAGUGCGCGCGCCCGGGCGCCAGGCGUCUGUGAGGGGAGAAGUGGAGCGGCGGGCCGCGGGAGGAAGCGGUGGCGGCGGCGGAGUGAGUGAGAGAGCGGCGGCGGCCCCCGCGUCCCCCGCGCCUCUAUGGGGAAAGCAGACAAUGGAUUAUGACUUUAAGGCGAAGCUGGCGGCGGAGCGGGAGCGGGUGGAGGAUCUGUUUGAAUACGAGGGCUGUAAAGUGGGACGCGGCACCUACGGUCACGUCUACAAGGCGCGGCGGAAAGAUGGAAAAGAUGAAAAGGAAUAUGCAUUGAAGCAAAUUGAAGGCACAGGAAUAUCCAUGUCGGCUUGUAGAGAGAUUGCACUUUUGCGGGAAUUGAAGCACCCUAAUGUGAUUGCAUUACAAAAAGUGUUCCUUUCUCAUAGUGAUAGAAAGGUUUGGCUGCUGUUUGAUUAUGCAGAACAUGAUUUAUGGCAUAUUAUUAAGUUUCACCGGGCCUCAAAAGCAAAUAAAAAACCGAUGCAGUUGCCAAGAUCCAUGGUUAAAUCACUGCUUUACCAGAUUCUUGAUGGAAUCCAUUACCUCCAUGCAAACUGGGUGCUUCACAGAGACUUGAAACCAGCAAAUAUCCUAGUAAUGGGAGAAGGCCCAGAAAGGGGGAGAGUCAAAAUAGAUAUAUGGGCAAUUGGUUGCAUAUUUGCUGAACUAUUGACUUCAGAGCCUAUUUUUCAUUGUCGUCAAGAAGAUAUUAAAACAAGCAAUCCUUUUCAUCAUGAUCAACUAGAUCGUAUUUUUAGUGUCAUGGGAUUCCCAGCAGAUAAAGAUUGGGAAGAUAUUAGAAAAAUGCCAGAAUAUCCCACACUUCAAAAAGACUUCAGAAGAACAACGUAUGCCAAUAGUAGCCUCAUAAAAUAUAUGGAAAAACACAAAGUGAAGCCUGACAGCAAAGUUUUCCUUUUGCUUCAGAAACUUCUUACAAUGGAUCCCACAAAGAGAAUUACCUCAGAACAAGCUUUGCAGGAUCCCUAUUUCCAAGAGGACCCUCUACCUACAUCAGAUGUAUUUGCUGGCUGUCAGAUUCCAUAUCCCAAACGAGAAUUUCUUAAUGAGGAUGAGCCUGAAGAAAAAGGAGACAAGAAUCAGCAGCAGCAGAAUCAACAUCAGCAACAAACAGCACCUCAGCAGCCACAGCAGGCAGCGCCACCACCACCACAACAGCAGCAGCAACAGCAGCAACAGCAAAACAGCACUCAGACAAAUGGAACAGGAGCAGGAGCAGGAGCAGGAGCAGGGGGUACUGGGGCAGGGCUCCAGCACAGCCAGGACUCAGGCCUUAAUCCAGUGCCUCCAAAUAAGAAACCACGGCUAGGACCUUCAGGCACUAACUCAGGCGGGCCUGUCAUGCCUUCUGAAUAUCAGCACUCCAGUUCACGCCUGAGUUACCAAAGCAAUGUUCAGGGAUCCUCUCAGUCCCAGAGUACCAUGGGCUAUUCCUCAUCAUCUCAGCAGAGCUCCCAGUACCAUCCAACUCAUCAGGCUCACCGGUACUGAGGAGCCCAGCAGAUUCCCCUCAGCAUGGAAUGAAUGAACCAAAAGUCAAAGGCUCUAGCAAUAUGAAGGUCACAGUGAGAAGAACCAAAAAUGCCAACUGUGAUACAGAUUGAAGAUUCUUAAGUUUAUGAGAAGAACCUUCUUGACUGAGUAUUUUGCAGUGGACUUAUCAUCCUUCUUUAUUAGCUUAAAGAAGGUCCUUGUGAAGUUUCCCAGCUCCCUUCCCCAUGCAUGUGUUCCAUUGUGGUUACUCUGAUAAAACGUCUGAUCUAAACCCAGCACUUAACUUUUCUAACCUUCAGUAUUGUUUUGAAGGAUUCCUGGUGCACCUUUCUCAUGCUGUAGCAAUUGUCAUGAUUUAAUCUUUUCAAAGCUCUUUAAUAGAAUUUUAAUGUUUUAGAUUGGAAUUUCAGCUGUAUAUAGUUUUAUACUAAGCAUAUUGGUUCAGCAACACAGAUGAAAUGCACCUUUUUAAAGCACUACGUUGUUUUCACAGGAUGUUACUGUUUUGCUCAUGGAUGUCACAAACAGAACAUUUUAACUAUUCCAGAGUAUUUACUGAUUGUUUUUAUUAGUCUAGUUUUCAGGGAAGGUAUGUUAAAGGGAGGGGGGAGGGGAGAACCCACAACAGAAAAACAUUCUAGGUCCAUACAAUUAAUAUGUUUCAUACUAGUGAACUGAAUACCAAUUAAGGGAUUGUGAUUGAUAUGUUAAUCAUCCAUAGGGAGCACCAUUUUAAGAAUCAUUGUCUUGUUUCACAUAGUUUUCAGUAAUUAAGUUUUAUGGUUUUAUAUUUUUCUAGGGCAUCCUUUAAUGUAGCUAAGACCACCUUAGUUAAGGUUUCAGAACUUUGGUGAAAUGUUGUCCUCUGGCCUUUCACACCAGCAGGCAAGAAAAACAUUUUAACUACCUUAGACUUUGAUUAGAAAGGAGUGAAUGUUGAUUAAAGAGUGCAUUACCUAACCUUUCAAAGGAAAAUUUUUCAUGCAUAUUGUAUAUACAGUUGGCUUCUCUAAAGAUUUAUCUCUUUUUUCAAUUUUGGCCAGCUUGCAUAAAUAGCUUAAAUAAUUAAAGUUAAUCAAAUAGAAGCUUACAAACUAAUCUUUUAAAAUACAAAUUUGAUGAUUCCCAUUCACUUUGCAUUAAAUAUAACUAUUUCAAAAGCAUGUUAAAACAUCUAGAUUUUUUCAUAUUUAAGAUAAGUAUUAUGUAUACAUAAUAUUGCUAUUGUUGAUGCAACUUUCUAUUAAGAGGCUUUACAUUGCACUGAAAUAUUUCUUUUGCCCUAGAAGAAAACUUUAUGAAUGUGCCUAAAAUCUAUAGGCAGAUAAUUGUAAGACUAUAAUAGCUAUCAUGAAUAUUCCAAUUACCAUAGUCCUCAAAUCAGACAUCCCAUCAUUGUUUAGUUGUAGGAGCCCCUGCUCAAAAGAAAAGUAAUGAUUUGGGGAAGGUAAAUUUUUUUUAUUUUUUUAUUUUUUUUUUUUUUAGUGUUUAUAAAGUAAUAUAAAAAUGGACAACUCUUAUCACAGUAGAAGAGAGAAAAUAUCUGGGUUCUUCAGAAUGCUUUUAACCAUGGAAGUGGCUACCAGCCUUAUUUCACAAAUUGUUUUCCAGAAUUAGAAAUAACCUUGAUUUAUUAUGUACAAUUUUUUACUAUUUGUGAACUCAUCUACCUGAUUUUGAUAAUCUAGGUCUAGACUCAAAUAAAAUAAAACUUUAGAGAGAAUCCAGUAUACAUUUUGCACUAAUAAUGUAUUGUUUUGGCCUGCAGAAGGUCUUACUUCUCUCGGCAUAAGGUUUAUAGUUAAUAAUUAACCAUUUAUAAAAACUAUGAAGACUAAUUAUAGACCAGGCCACAGGCUGCAUUCAAAGAAAUUUUUUGUUCGAAAUUUUUUCCCCUUUCGUUCUUUUUGUGAGAAAGCAGCUAAGAGCCGGUGUCUAGUACAGUGCCUUGCACAUAGUAGGUAUUCAAUAAGUGCAUGUUGAAUUAAAUCAUUAUAGUCAUGCCAACAUUAUAAGUUUAUCAUAUACACUAAAUCACAAUAUAAACCUGUCAGUUAAGUAAUUAUUGAGCACAUACUAUGUGCCUAGUGUUGGACUAGAUACCCUUUAAAAUGCAGAACCCUGGUCCAGGUCCUAAAGGGACUUACAUUCUAGUUGGGGAAAUAAAACUAAGGUGUCCUUUGUGGUGAAGAGUUCCACAUCUUGUGAUGAUUGCCUUAUAGGCAGGCUAUAACAAGAUCAUUAGGUGUUAAUAAACCCAUUAAGGAUGGGUUAUUUCAGUUUCUGAUCCUAUAAGCAAGCAGUGUUCUAUUAGAGAGGUUUCAUUGUGAAUCCAACUUCAGAAGAGAGAAAGCACCAAAGUAAAUGCAAUGAAAGCAAAUUAAAUUGUACUUGGGAUGCUAAUAAAGGUCUUUUCAAUAUUCUCUAUUGUGGCCCAAGCUAAACCAAGUGCUUUAGGAAUUUAGAAGGAAAGUAUUCCUGUCCUAAAGGAGAGAUUACUUUUUUAGGUGGUGAUGAGAAUAGGUGGAGAGAGAAACAAAGAGAAAGCAAAAGAAACAGAGGCCAAAAUGUCAUACUCUUUAGUACUUGAGACAUUUGCAAACAUUUCACAGUACUAUGUAUGUCAUGAAUUUUAUAGACUGGUACUGAAUUUUAUUAGAGCCUAUUAGUUUUUGGCUUUAGGGUUUUUUGGUUUGGUCAGCAUGCUCAUUCUCACCUUGUUUUAGAACAAUUUUGCUUUUGUUUUAAUUUAUUUUAUUUCACUUCAAAGGGCAGAAUUUGAAAACACUGCAUUUUUACAUUUCAAUUUUCCUAUACCCAAAUGAACAUAACUUCAUUUGAAAUAAGAGAAAUAUUUUCUCUGUAUGCUCAAAGGUAGAGUGUAUGGAGACCCCCAAACCAGGGUAUUUAAAAUUAAAACAGGAAAUGAAGUAAAAAUAGGCAUUGUUUUUUGGCAUGUUUGCUGCCAUUACUAUUGCAAAUCAUCUUACAACAGCUUUCUCUCUGGUUUUUACAGUGAGAUGAAUGUAUAUCUAGAAGAAAGGUGUUCUAAAAUUAUAAGGUAUAUAAGAGUAAAGGUUAGACUUCCUCAUGUCAGGGCUGAUAUAAUGAGGUUGGAAUUACCUUUGUAAAAAGAUAAUGCAGUAACUUGCAAAGACCAAGGACUAGGAAGUAUAUUUUUGUAUCUUGUGUGAUUUUUGAAAAAAUACUUAGUACUUGGAAUUUUGGCUUUCUGCAUAGCUUCUCUGCUCUCACAAAAGCAUUUCACAUUUUGCAGUUAAACAUAGGAAGUAACAUUUGCUUAUUUAUUUGUUUAUGGCCUGGUUCCUUUAGUAAAACAACAGAUCACUCCCUGUAAUGAUGUGAUUCUGUUAAAGGGAUUAAAAAAAAAAAAAAAAAGACAGAAAGGGGAAUCAGAUAAGCCACUUUGUCUACUUUGAGUAAAUGUAUGUAGCAAAAAACUAUACAAUGAAGGAAAAAUUUUAUGAAAAUUGCAAAUCCUGCCUGCACUAUAUCUGCAAUACUGUCUUCUUGAUGGGUGAGGGUUCAGAAAUAGCAUUCAGAAAAAGAGUUUCGAAGUAUUCAAAUACAUGUAAAUUUUAUAUAAAACAUAGCAGCUUAGGUUCCCUUUAUAAAACUUCAGGAAUGGUCCACAAAUAUCAUUAAGCAAAGAUAAUUGUUAUAGGAUUAAAAAAAA